UGCGAGCGUUUUUUAUGCGCCUGUGAAUUAGCACUUAACCUCUGAAACACUUCUACGCCGUCACACACCCUCCCUCCCUCCUUCUACCGGAAUAAAAGAACCCUCUCCACCCCCACUGGAUUGUACUAGCUGGUUAAACGCAGAACAGGCAGAGGAAGAAGAGAAAGAAAAGAGGUUAAAACCGGAGUAGUGAUUCCUGACGUACCGGUCAACCGAGACAUGGGCUACCUGCUGUACCUGUCUACCGAGACGUGGACCCUUCUGGUCGCGUUCAUCACGCUCUUCAUAGUGUAUGCCUACUGGCCAUAUGGGGUGUUUAAGAAGUUGGGGAUCCCGGGUCCCAGACCCCUGCCGUUCAUAGGCACCAUGCUGGCGUAUAAGAAGUUGUUGUUGACAGCAGGGUUUCAGCACGUCAAUUCGCGUCAUGAGAUUGACUCCUGCCCAUGCAUUUACAGUGUGUGUGUGUUGGUGUGUGUGUGCAGCAUCUUUGACGGACGGCAGGCAGUGAUGUGCAUCAUGGACACAGAUAUGAUCAAGACCAUCCUGAUCAAGGAGUGCUACUCUCACUUCACUAAUAGACGGAACUUCCAUCUGAAUGGGGCCCUGUACGAUGCCGUCUCCAUCGCCGAGGACGGCCAGUGGAAGAGGAUACGCAGCGUGCUGUCGCCCUCCUUCACCAGCGGCAGGCUGAAAGAGAUGUUUGGGAUCAUGAAGCAGCACUCUGCUAACCUGGUCAUCAGCAUGAAGAGGAAGGUAGACAAAGACGAAGCUGUCGAGCUUAAAGAGUUCUUUGGGCCGUACAGCAUGGACGUAGUGACCAGCACAGCGUUCAGCGUAGACCUCGACUCCCUAAACAACCCCAGCGAUCCCUUUGUCACCAACAUCAAGAAGAUGCUGAAGUUCGACCUCUUCAACCCUCUGUUCCUCCUCGUAGCGUUCUUCCCCUUCACAGGCCCCCUGCUGGAGAAGAUGGAGUUCUCCUUCUUCCCCACCUCCGUCACCGACUUCUUCUACGCCUCACUGCAGAAGAUCAAGUCCAGCAGACAAGCGAGCACUGGAAGACAGGGCAGGGUGGAUUUCCUGCAGUUGAUGAUUGACUCUCAGAAAGGUGAUUCAAAGGAGGAGAAGCAACACAAAGGUCUGACUGAUCAUGAGAUCCUGUCUCAGGCGAUGAUCUUCAUCUUUGCGGGCUAUGAGACCACCAGCAGCUCUCUCACCUUCCUGGCCUACAACCUGGCCACCCAUCCUGAGGUGCAGGCACGCCUUCAGGGCGAAGUGGACGCAAUCUUCCCCAACCAGGUAGAGGUGCAGUAUGAGGCCCUGAUGCAGAUGGAGUAUCUGGACUCUGUGAUCAGUGAGUCUCUCAGACUGUAUCCCAUCGCCCCGCGCCUGGAGAGGGUCGCCAAGACAACCGUGGAGAUCAACGGUGUCACCAUCCCCAAGGACAUGGUUGUCAUGGUUCCCACCUGGUGUCUUCACCGCGACCCCGAGCUGUGGCCUGAACCGCUCCAGUUCAGACCAGAGAGGUUCAGUAAGGAGAACAAGGAAAGCAUCGACACUUACACCUACAUGCCCUUCGGGGCGGGGCCCAGGAACUGUAUAGGGAAUAGGUUUGCUCUGGUCAUGAUGAAGCUGGCCCUGGUGGAGAUUCUACAAAAAUACAGCUUCACCGUCGGCAAGGAGACAGAGGUCCCCUUUGAGAUGGACAUUCAGGGCCUGCUUAUGCCCAAACGACCAAUCAAACUGCGGCUGGAGCCUAGGCCCGCCCCCUGCCUGUGAAGAACACACACAUACUCACACACACACAUACUCUCACACAAACACACACACUUAUACUCACUCAUACACUCACACCCUGUGUAACCUGGCUACUAUGCUGAGCCUGUUACAUGUCAAUUAUAUAACAUUUUGAUGUUUUAACAGAAACAGAAACAUGAUGAACUGAUAAAUGUUUUACAUUUUUAAGAGAAUUAAUUAUGAUGUUUAAAUGUAGCCCACUGCUGGUGCCUGGCUUAGACUUUGUGAAUCUGGAAUUCCUUUUAUUACUAUUUCCUCUUUCCUCUCUCCUCACAGUUACGUAAAUGUAAUCAAUUACAACAAUCGCAUUAAAACAUACUAUGUCUGAAUCUUCUGUUUAUUAAAUACAAAAUAAAUCAAUAGAAUAUAAAACA